AUGGCGAACCUCGUGGGAGGCCUGCUUGUGCGCCUCUGGGCGCUGCUCUUCAUCUUUCAGAGCUGCCAGGCCAAAACCGUCACCUAUGAUUUCAAUGUCACCUGGGUCACUGCCAACCCUGAUGGUCUCUUCGAUCGUAAGGUCGUUGGUAUCAACAACCAGUGGCCCUUACCUACCAUUGAGGUCGACAAGGGUGACCAGCUCGUCGUGAACAUGUUCAACGGUCUUGGGGAUAAGGAUACCUCGAUUCAUUUCCACGGCAUGUACCAGAAUGGCACCAAUAACAUGGAUGGCCCUUCUAUGGUCACUCAGUGUCCCGUCCCUCCGGGCUCUUCUUUUACCUACAACUUCACCGUGAACCAGAACGGCACGUAUUGGUACCACUGUCAUACCGACUAUUGCUACCCGGAUGGCUACAGACAGGCGCUGAUUGUCCAUGAUACCGAAUCGUAUUUCCACAAUAUGUACGAUGAGGAGUUCGUGCUCACCAUGAGUGAUUGGUAUCACACCUUAGUGGAGGACAUUGCUCCCCACUUCAUUACUCUGGCGAACCCGACUGGCGCGGAGCCCAUUCCACAAGCAUUCUUGGUCAACGACACGAUGAAUACCAAUCUACCUGUGAAAGCAGGGAAAACAUAUCUGAUCAGGCUGAUCAACGUGAGCGCCUUCGUUGCUCAGUACUUCUAUAUCGAGGAUCACACCUUCAAGAUCGUCGAGAUUGACGGAGUCUAUGUCGACGCCACCGAAGCCGACACACUCUACAUCUCUGUUGCCCAGCGGUACUCAAUUCUCGUCACCAUGAAGAACUCGACAGAAAAGAACUAUCCCAUUGUGACAGUAGCAGACUCUGUGCUACUGGAUACUAUUCCAUCCGACCUGCAGCUAAACCAUACCAAUUGGCUGGAGUAUAACUCGACAGCCGCCCACCCUCAAGCCGUGAUGAAAGUGGACGUAGCCUCCGACCUUGUCCCAUACGACGACAUGACCCUCAUCCCCCACGAUAGGAUGGAACUACUCCCCGACGCCGACUUGACGAUCGAACUUUCAGUCGUCAUGGCAAACCUCGACAACGGCGCCGGCUACGCCUUCUUCAACAACAUUUCCUACACAAAGCCCAAGGUCCCAACACUAUACACCGUAAUGUCAUCCGGCAACCUCUCCACAAACGCUGAGGUCUACGGCGACUAUACGCACCCCAUGAUCCUGGAGCACAACCAAGUCGUCGACAUCGUUCUCAACAACGCCGACACAGGCUCUCACCCAUUCCAUCUCCACGGCCACAACUUCCAGCUCCUCCAUCGCGAGCCAUCAUACGGCAAACACUUCUACGACUACGAGGACUCCACCGACGGACUCACCUUCGACGCGUCCAAUCACAAAGCCUUCCCUCAAUACCCAUCCCGUCGCGAUACCUUCGUCGCACCUCCAAUGGGUAACUUCGUCAUCCGCUUUGUAGCCGAUAACCCGGGCGUUUGGUUCUUCCACUGCCACAUCGACUGGCACUUGGCGCAGGGAUUGGCAAUGCUGAUGAUCGAAGCUCCGACACAGAUUCAAGAGCGCAUGACGAUCCCAGACGCCGCGUAUGAUACCUGCAAGGCCGCCGGUGUCUCUUACGAGGGUAACGCAGCGGCCAACACGGAGGAUUUCCUCGAUCUGACCGGGCAGAACAAGCAGGUUGCUUGGUUACCCGCGGGCUUCACUACCAAGGGAAUUGUGGCGAUGGUGUUCUCGUGCAUUUCAGCCUUCCUCGGAAUGGCGUUUAUUUCCUUCUAUGGAGCUACGGGGAUUCAGGCUAAGAAGCAGGAGGAAAAUGAGUCAGCGGACACAGAUAGCUGA